AUGGGUUCUAGAGACAGUUUGGUGCCCCUUGGGGGUGGAGGUCCGAUGCCUGGAUUCUACAAUCCGUACACAUCAACCCCCUACCCGUACAGUUUGUAUUACAACCCCACCCUGGAUAUCAACCGUGCUUACGCUCUUCGCAUGAUUGAAGAUCUUCAACGUCGUGAACAGCCCCAGAAACCGCCGUACUCCUACAUCGCGCUGAUCGCCAUGGCCAUCAAGAGCGCACCAGACAGGAAAAUCACACUGAAUGGAAUCUAUCAAUUCAUCAUGGAGCGCUUUCCGUAUUACCACGACAAUAAACAAGGUUGGCAGAACUCCAUCCGGCACAACCUCAGCCUCAACGACUGCUUCGUGAAGGUUCCGAGGGAGAAGGGGAAACCAGGAAAAGGAAACUACUGGAGCCUGGAUCCAAACUGUGAGGAGAUGUUUGAAAACGGAAACUAUCGUCGGAGAAAGAGGAGGGUAAAGGCGCCCAACAAAGUCGAAGAUUGUUCAAGUGAGAAAUCAGAAAGUAUUGAUUCUGGAAAUUCAAGUGAAAUUGACCACUGUCAAUCAAUAGAACCGCUGUCAUUUGACGAGAGUGACGUGCAAGAUAGUGACAAUAUGGAUGAUUCGAACAAUCUUUCCGGAGACAUGGCUUCUGAUCCUGCGAAGGUGCCAUCCCGUCUCCAUCCCGACUCUAGUGGGGAUUUCUCCCGGGACGCGUUUCAUUCUCCCCCCACCCCCCGGGAUAACCAGCUCCUCAACUCUCCACCCCUCGCAUCCACCCCUCAACCAACAGCUAACAGAAAACGUGCUAGUUUUACAAUAGACAGUAUCAUGGGCAAUGACAGCCCUCCUCAGUGUCACGCCAAAGUCGUAAACUCCGUAUGUAAAAAGUCAGACCACUGUGACAAUAGUUUUGAAAAAGAUGUCAAAAAGCCUGAUGUAUUUGACAAGAUUCCAAGCCCACCGCCGAAAAUCAUUGAUCUAAAAGCCAACUCGACGUCCUCCCUGCCGAUGUCUCUGUUUCCGCAACUUUACGACAACACCUACGGACUAUCACGGUCGUUUUUUAACAGUUUUCCAAGUGCCUCAGCCCUAACACACAUCCCCACCCACGGGCGAGGGUCCUUGGGGUCGUUCCCUCUUCCCCUGGGGGUGACAGGUUUGUCAGCCCUGGGUCAAACACGACACAGUCCGGUGAACAUUUCUUUCCCCUACACAACAAGUCCUAUGUCCUGGAGUGCCACGCCCCCCUCCCUACAAUCAUCAGUGCUACAGUGAUGAACACCACCGUGCCUUGUGUUCCGACUAUAGACUGUAUAUUGUGCCUUAACCCUCAAAAUGACGAGGAAAAUUCACCGAUAAAUGUUGUUUUGUGAUGACAAUGAAACUGUUUUAUAUACUACCUUCCUGGAAGCUUAUUUCGAAAGACAUAUACUUUGUGACAUUUCGUUGGACGCCACAAGAACCAUAUCUGUUAUAAUUGUCCACGAUUCCUGCAGUCUGGAGGCCAUGUUUCAGUUCUGGAGAAGGUAUCUAUUCUCUAUAUUUAAUUGUUUAUGUAUCUUGUUAUGGACGUGGUUUAGGACACUUAGAUGUAGGGAUCACCAAGUGGUUGUCUACUUCAUGUAUAAUGGUUAAUAAUGUUCAU